CGCUUUUAUUCUGAAUUUCUAAGACCGGAAGUGUGUCAUAAUCGGGGCAAGUGUUCGCGCGGUGUUUCAAUCUUUGCAGCCUUGAAACUGAGCAGCUGACACGCCGUCCAUUGAAUAUGACGAAUGAGUGUUUUCCACUAGAAACCUCAACUUUUUAUUUUUUUUUAAAACCCAGUAACGUUUAAAUCUCUCCCUUAGCUCCAAGUCAAAGAGAGAUUUAUGAAUGUCACUAAUAAACAAAGUUGAACAAUUGACGCAAGUAGACGAGAAAAAAAGGGUGGACCGUCGACGUUUUAGGUUGUGAGGAUCUGUACGCCCAAGACCAGACUGAGGACCCAAAAAAGAAGAGCGAAAUGUCACAUGACGAACCAGAGCGCGUGCAGCCGGCGCAGAGAAAGACUGACAAGUACGUGCCCCCCUGGCUGAGGGAUGGUGGCACGCGCAGAGGAGAGUCCAUGCAGCCCAACCGCAGAGCUGACGACAACGCCACCAUCCGCGUGACCAACCUGUCCGAGGACACCCGUGAGACUGACCUGCAGGAGCUCUUCAGACCCUUCGGCUCCAUCUCCAGAAUCUAUCUGGCCAAAGACAAGAACACUGGGCAGUCCAAGGGCUUCGCGUUCAUCCGUUUCCACCGUCGUGAAGAUGCGGCCAGAGCCAUCGCAGGCGUGUCAGGAUUCGGAUACGAUCAUCCUGUUCUCAACGUUGAAUGGGCAAAACCAUCAAACAAAUGAACUUUUUACCACAUUUUAUCACCGUGCUAAAAUAUGGCUGUUACCUUAAUAAAAGAGAAUUUCAUCA